CAGCCAUGGAGAGAGAGUUUGCCGUAACUUUCGCCACGGAAUAAAGGGUUUGCUUUUUUAAUGAACUAUUCCAACUGGACACUAGAAAGAUUAGAGUAAGAAAGACAUGACCUUCCUUCCGUUGUCGUUGGAAAAAGAGAGAAGAGGCUGUGGUCCUUUACGAGAAGUGCAAAGGACAAGGGCAUCUCCUCUGCCAACUUAAAAGAGGGUUGUCCGUCGAGGUUUCCCCUUGUCCCCCAUUCCUAUAGACCUCCUGCCUACAAUUUUAUAGAUCUAUAGAUCUCUCAGUUAUGCCUCUUCUAUCAAAGAUUCUCCUUGCUUCAAGCUUGUUGCUUGGGGCGUCGACCUCGGUCUUGGGACAGAGCAUUACAGAUUUCCUAGAGUUUGAUCCUCCACUCCUCUCCAUUGCCGACGUCAAGAUUGCAACAGAGUUCAAAUGCCGACUCAAGAGUCCCCCAAAGGACAAGGCCACCAUCAUCUGGGACACACCUGGCAUGAAAUCAAGCAACUGCACGACCGAAUACAAUUCCAACGACUGGAAUACCUGGAAAGGCAUCACGCUCUUCCCCAUCAACCAGUAUACAAAGAUCGGCGAGCUUACGUACAACCUUCUCGGGCGGUGUAAUGCACCUGGAUCCGUAUACCACGGUGGAGAGGCCAAAUACCCAGUCAAGAGAGAGUACAAAAAGGCAGUUACCUGUACGACUGUUGGCGAUCCCCACUACAAGACCUUUGGUGGAAUUCGCUAUGACUACCAUUCUCAGGGUACUCACUACCUCGUCAAACAUGACAUGUUGACUAUCCAAACAACCCAAUUUUACUGCAGCCCAGGCGUCGGCUGCAAUAAUGGAGUCGCCAUUCGCUAUGGUGAAGCAGUAGUUGUCAUCACCACCGAGCAGAAAGGCAAUAAGGCGGCCAUGAUUCUCCGCCAAGCAUCCGCUGCUAUUCAAGGCCUGAAGAUUACGGCUGGAGCGGAUUUGCGCCAUUACGUUAUCGAAAUUGCCGAAGAUGGCUCCCAGAUUGAAUUGAAUUCCAACGUUUUCAACACUUUCAACUAUGUUGAUGUGACGGUUCGUCUCGGCGGUCCUUACUACAAACAAGUCGGAGGUCUCUGUAACGUUUACGAAGACGGUGACGAUACGGAUUUGGUAUGUGCAGAUGGCACCAAGACCAAGAAGGGCAGCGUAUUUGGUGACACUUGGAAAGUCCCUCCCGAAGAUGACAUUUUCGUCUGCGGUGCCAACUGUGCGCAUAAGGGAAAACCUCCCGUUUACAAUGGUGGUAAUGCGUGCACUGCUCAACCCAUUCCGCCGGUCGCCACUCAAGUUUCGACUGUUGUAAUUCCUACGGUUAUUACGAACACUAUCACCUCCACGGCCGUUGAAACCGCUCCGGCCACGACCACGACGGUGGCAGCUACUGAAAUUGCUUCGUCCUCUGGUCCUGCCACCACUGCGCCAGCCACGACCACCGCUGGGGAUUCUGCCUCCACCACCGUUGCGGCUUCUGCUACCACCAUUGUCGUCAGUAGCGUUGUGUACCAAACUACACAAAUUACUCAAGAGGUCACUGUUACAGCUGCUCCGUCGACUGCCUACACGACAGCAACCUCAACGGUUACGGAUACGUACUACACAACCAUCACCGCACUUCCGACAUACACUCCUAUUACGCAGACAGUUACUGCCACCGCUACGGUCACGGCCACCCCGGCCCAACCAAGCAACGGUGGCGACAAUGAGCCCAUCUACAUGCCUGGCGAAACUCCCACGGUCCCUCGUCCCCCGACCUGCCCUGAACAAUUCUAUAAUCAGGCUGUUGAUUACUGUACAAAACUCUUCAACGUUCCCGGCUGCGAGUCUCAAGUCGAUCACCCCUUCUACAUCAUGUCUUGUGUCAAGGACGCUGUUCGCACAGGUUCUUUCAUCUUCUCAGAGGGCAUCAAAGCACAAAUGUUGGGCAAUUGCCGUGCCAAAACUGACGCUCAAAAGUGCUCUGCCGACCCUGCGGAACAAAAAGAAGGUGACAAGGUUCAAAAGGAAAACGGCUUGGGAACCAAUUCUUGCCCCAGUGGGUGCGGCCAGAACGGAGUCUGCACUCCUAACGGGUGCAUGUGCAAACCGGGUUACUCUGGAUUGACAUGCCAGGAAGACGCGGGUAGUUUGCCUACCUAUAAUGCCGGCCCUGUUACAAAUGAAGACGGUGAUACUGUUGAUAAGAAGCCUGACUACAAACCCCUUCCUCUCCCCGAGGACGCAGAAGUUAUUACGCAGCCUACCAUCGGUAACAACACCUCGACCCCUGAUCAGAACCCGACUGGCAACAUACCAAUCAUCUCCAGUGCCAUGCAUUCUUCCGUUGGAGGAUUUAGCGCCGUAUUGGUUGCUUUGGUUGCCAGUUUUGUUUUCUGAGCACUAGAUAGUGGAUUAGAACGUCUCUUUCUCUUAGAAUUCCCCGGCUUCGGCCUUGUCAUUUUUCUUGUCAUUUUGUAAAUCUAGACACAUAUGUGAAAAUCAAUGAAUUAGCUUUUGUACACACAAAGGGUCAAGUGCAUGAAGUCCCAUGUAUCACAAUAGAUUUGUAUGCACUCAGUCCAUAUCGUGCAAUAGCUCAUUGAAAAAGG